AUGAAGCACCCGAUGGUUACAGCAGUGCUGGUAGUACUGGUGCAGGUUUCUCAGAGUUUCCCUGCCUUGUACCACCGAGGUUGGUGGAGGCUGUUAAAGGAAGGAGAUAGUUGUGGAAAAUGCAAUUUGGCACUUUGCUCUGAGCCUAAAGACUGUCCAGCCGGGACUGUAUUGGACCGUUGCGGCUGCUGUCCUGAAUGUGGAAAUGUGGAAGGUCAGAUCUGCGACUUGGACCAGGGCAAUAAUUUUUACGGGCAAUGUGGGGACAACCUUGAGUGUAGGUUGGAUGCUGAUGAAGCAAGGUUUGGGGAAGUCCCUGAACCCCAGUGUGUGUGCAAGUCUCAAGAGAGCAUCUGCGGACCUGAAGGGAAAACCUAUGAGAACAUCUGUCAAUUCAACAAGGCUUAUGCUACAAAAAGAAAUAUCAGCAUGAAACAUAAAGGACCAUGUGAAUCAGCUCCUGUUAUUUCUAUGCCACCUCAGGAUGUCCAGAAUUUCACAGGCAAUGAUGUCAUUUUUGGCUGUGAGGUGUCAGCCUAUCCUAUGCCACACCUUGAAUGGAAAAAAAAGGGGAAUAAAAUGUUUCUGCCAGGAGAUGACGCCCACAUCUCAGUACAGGCAAGAGGUGGGCCUCAGAAGUAUGGUGUGACAGGCUGGCUGCAGAUUCAAGGCCUCAAAAAAUCAGAUGAAGGUGUUUACAUCUGCCACACCAAAAAUAAGUACGGUGCAACAUAUGCCUCUGCAAGACUGAAAGUCAUUGAUGGCUCAUCUCCUGCAUUUGCAUUUACUGCUGGCAGUAGAAGUGCAAGCUACAGCAUUGAAUAUGGGGACUAUUACGACCAUUCUGAUGAUGAAGAUGAGGAAGAAUAUGAAUCCGGGGACUAUGAAAAUUGAAACAAC